AUGAUGAUGAUGAUGAUGAUAAAUCCAACACUUAUUACAAAUGAUCGAUAUUCAUCAAAUAAAAUUACUCGAAAUAAAGAACAAGUAAUUGGAGCAGUUAUUAUAGCUGAACAAUGGAAUCAUGCUCAACGAUGUCAAUUAAUCGAACGAUUAUUACCAUUAUGUAGUACCGGUCAAAUUGAUAUGUUAUGGACAGUUUUACAACCUUCAUUACAUCGUGAUUAUUUUUAUGCUGUUAAAUCACGUUAUCCAAAUUAUCAUUUCAAACGAAUAAGUACACCUGAUAGUCGAUUUCUUAGAGUAUGA